AUGAAUUCCAAGUGGCUAUCUCGGUGGAGGUACCCCCAAUGGGGAAAAUCAUCACCUACGUUGCAAUACUUUCAGCAGCCCAAAUUGUUGAGAACGAAAAGGAGGAUCAAAUGGGUGAAGGAUUCCGAAAGUCGUACUGCAGACGAAACGGACGAAUACAUGAAUCUCAGCCAAGGCAGCAACAUGUCUACUUCCAUCCCAGGGGAAGGAGAAGAAAAAAAAUGUGAAACAGCCAUCUGGGGAAGCAACCCCCCUCAUGAAGAUCAACCCAGUAAGGAGAAGUACACACAAAAGGGUACCCCUCCAAAUGAGCAACUCCGCAAAAGGUACCAAGGGGUGCAAAAAAAACUCUAUCAAAAGUAUAACCACCAGGGAGUAGGAAGCGACCCGCAUAAGAUAGAGACAUACCAGAGGAACUACGAAGAAGUGAACGAGUUAAAUAUCCAUAGAAUGUUACUUCUAGGAUUGAAAACACUAAACAUAACCGAAUUGAAUAAAAUGCAAAUCAACAGCUUUCUAACCAUACAGCAGGGGAAAGAUGUGCUCAUAAAUUACCCGGACGGGUCAGGAAAAACCAUAGCCUACUUGAUGCCCCUCCUAAACAAUAUCUACUUUGUUCAUGACUAUUUGGAGGAGCUAAUCCUUGAAAGCUAUCAUGGAGGAAAAAGAAAAAGCUGCGGAAACUCCGUCCGGGAGAACUUCAAAUUUAACAACAACUUUGAUUUGUCCCACGAAAUGAGGAAGUACUUUCUCAAGUAUAGUCACUACAGGAGGAAUAUACUGCUGGAAGAUAAUGCCCCUCAGGUGGGGAAGAAGAUGAACCAGAAAUUUCACUUGCUGCCAAAUCACUUUGAUGAACUGGACGAAGGAUCCAUGCGUGGGUCUCCUCACCUAGGUAGGAUGCAUCGCACGCAGAGGAAGAAAAAAAGAAAUACAUCCAUGGGGGAGGAUCCAAAUUGUGCAGAAAUCUUCUCACCACAUGAGAAGCAAACUGGUAAUGAACACAGAACCGUCAGCCUCAUGAACAAACUCAUAGAAGUAAUCAAAAUUAACCGAAUCAACCUGAACAACAUAAAUAGUGACCGUACCAAUAGGGAAGAGCUAGCCAAAUUGGAAAACAUCCUAAUGCACAACAUUAAGGUUAAGGAGAAGGAAUCAAACUGGGUGGAUACCCCUCCAGAUAAUGGCGAUAAUGACCACAAUCGCGAUAGUGACGAGUGCAUAUACCGCUACCUAACUAGGAACCCUCUACAAAUUAAUAAGCCAGUUAUUAUCCUAACGGUGAAUAAAGACAAUAUAAGUCAAAUUGUCCGAGUGAUAAAACAACUGGACGUGCUUAACCGGAUCAACAUACAAACGUUGAAUGACGUACCCUACGAGGACACGCAUCAUUCCAAUAUGGAUGAAAGGACCAACAUAGACUCGGAAAAUCAGGAAAUGGAAAUGCUUCAGUUAGAGAAGAACUAUCAUCUCGAAAAUAUACACGUGGUAAACGUUAACCGAGUUGCCAACCCCGUGUUGUGCAAAGAUGAAAUCAUGUGGACAUGUGCAGACAUAGUGAUUACCACUCCGGACAUCUUUCUCCACACAUACCAAAAUGAGCGGACCAAAAAGAUCCUCCCAUCCAUAAUCAUAUUCGAUGAAGUAGAUAUGCUGUUUCAAAAUAAUGCUUACAGAAAUACAAUGAUGAACAUUUUUCACAUUGUUAAGAGGAGACCUGAGAUUUAUAACCCUCAUAUUGAUAUAAGCAGUGGAGGAUUGGAAGAUGUCGCCACCUCCAUUGAGGCUGCCUUAACCAGCGGUGAGGCGAAAUCAGCUCCAUUGACAAGCGAUGGAGCGAAAACGGCUCCCUUUGGGCAACCCCAAGUUUUAAGUACCUUCCCAAGUGGACUUCAUUCCGUUGGCAGCCACUUAGAAUGCAGCCAAUUUGGAGACCUGGACAUGUCGCCUGUUGAGGGGGCCAAAGGGGGCAACCCCGUCGAGGAUGCCCACCCCAAGGACCCCCCCCAGGGGGAAAACCCGCAAAAGGCGAAAAGGAUAGAAAACGCGAAAAAGGCAGAGAAGGCGAAAAAGAUAGAAAACUCGAAAAACGCGGAACACGCGCGAGAGCUGCCGCUACUCCAGAUGAUAUACGUCAGCUCGACGCUGCCCUCUGUGGGACACACCACCGCGGGGAGCAUGCUGGCAGAACGGUUCAGCAACAUGGUCGAAAUUGUGUGUAGGGACAACUACCAAAUCCCGAGAAACGUGCGCACCCAGUGGAUAGAACUAAACAGGGAUAAAAUUUUAAGCCACUACCUGUUUAGCGGCGUGGCCGGGGCCACACGCGAGGGGGAGGAUAGCUCCGGCAUCACUCCCAACGAUGAGGGGAACUCCACUCAGCAUAGCGGUUCUGACACUCCCCAUCGGGACAGCCUGAAGGACGCCGCUCUGUCCAGAAAGAUCGACAAACUGGAGAAUAGCUCUUUCGAGCACAGACUGGAUUUGCUAAUCCACGUUUUGAAAAGGUACCACGAGUGGUCAACUAGCUCAGAAAUGAACAGACAUGUAGAAUUUUCUGAACAUGGUGAGGCGAAAAAGGAUACAACUACCAACCCAGCAGGAAGGGAAGAGAAAAAAAAAAAAAACUUUGCAAGCUCAAGGAAAGGGGGGAAAUUCCACCUAAUUCACAACAAAGCAGUGUACAAAACGAUCGUCUUCGUUAACAGCGUAAAGGAUUGCAUCCGGAUAUAUUUUUUUUUAAAAAAACACAACUGGCCCGUCUUCUGCUUUCACAAAAACAUAUCAAUGAAUUCGCGGAUGCAAAAUCUGCACAACUUCCACCAGGCGCAUGUUGCCAUUUUGGUAACCACCGAUUUGUUGAGUAGAGGCAUAGACACCAGAAAUGUGGACCACAUAAUUAAUUUUCAUUUUCCUUCCGACGCGAUAACGUACCUGCACCGGCUAGGAAAAAUGAACAGGAGCGGCGGUGACUUUCAUAAUGACCUUAAUCGCCAUAAUAACGCGGAACGAGGGCAAAUGCGGCACGGGCGCGCCCCCCUGGAGGAGGAACACAUCGGUGGAGAAGCACAAACGGAGCGGUUACACCAAGGAGACACAACUUCGGAGUAUAUUCCAAAUCAUGGUCAAGACAAAGACAACAUGUUUCUCCUCACAAAUAAAACCUUUCUCGUGACAAACUUCUUAUCAUUUUCAAAUCUCCCCUUGGCACAGUCCAUUAGAAGUUGUGAUGAACAAAAUGCGAGUUUGCUUCCGCUCUUUUCAAGGAAAAAAUCUUUCAAAAUGAAAAUUAAGAGAAAGGAAAAUAAUGCCCUUGGGGAGGACAACAGAUACAUCGACGUUGGGGCGGAGGAAGAGGAUGAUAUCGACAUGGAUGGUGAUUUUCCUUACGUGAAGCAGCCAGCAUCGCAAAGUCGACACUCCUCCCACCAGGAAGAGGCACCAUUCGAGAACCGUCACUCGACGGAGCCCUCCACAUGCGAAAAUGACGAGAGAAAUGUCUACGUCCAGGCGCCCUUCUCCGUUUUUUCGCUGGACGAUUUGGGCGAGGAGUCAGAAGAGAGUGACACAGAUGAGGAAGGCGCGAAUGAAGCAGGCGCAAACGAAGACUACACAGAUGAAGACUACACGAGUGAACACUACACGAGUGAACACUACACGAGUGAACACUACACAGAUGGAGCAACCCUACCGUGUAGCAAAUUCGCCCAACGGAGAGCAGCGGCAAAAGGAAAAACUGAAACAAAACAUAACCCGCAUGCUCGCGAUGACCACGCGGGCGAGUUCGAUGCGGAGACACCCCUCUGUGAAGAAAAGAAAUCCAUUCGAAGAUGUCACCAGUCGAGAGUGCCUACCGGCGAUGCCCUCCCUCGUGAUAAAAUCCCAUCCUGGGAUGACGUCCAAUUUGACAAGAAAAAAUUUCUGGUGGAGAGAUUCAAGAGCAGGGAUUGCUACCUGAUGGGGCAAGUCAAACGGGGGAAGCUCAUCUUUAAUAACUUCGAAAGUAAUGCAGAUGGAGACGAUGAUGAGGAGGAGUUGCUCUUUUGA